CACACACACACUCGCGUGAAUUACAGCAGAAACACACACGCGUGCGGUGAUCUCCGUGAGUGUGUUCGUGAUCUGAUGGAUGAUGGAUGUGAAGGACUGUGGCGGAGUGAUUCUGACUGCGUUUCAUUCAUUCAGGAUUCACGGAGAUGAGCAGAAACACGCAGCAGACAACAGGAAAGCGCAGUAUCAGCGGAUAGGCAGCAUGAGUUUGGAGCGGGACUCCAUGGAGGACUACUGGAGUGAGAUGAAGAGCAUCGAUGAGGAGCGUCAGGGAGGACCGGAGGAGCUGAUGGAGCGCGCCAGCGUGGACGAGGCGGAGCUUGAGGAGGCGUGGCUGCAGGAGGCGGGGCUCUCCACGCUGGUGACGGGAACACAGAGCGACGGCCCGGCGGAGGCUCUCCUCUCCACGCUCACACACUCACAGGCUGCUAUGGUGAAGAAACGGCUGGAUAACUACACGCAGACACUGCGCAAGAGGAACAGACAGCCCAUGAGACACGUUCGAGAUGUCUUCUCCAUGUCCGACGCGUCGUCUGAACUGACGCCUCCCAUUUCUCCAAACGGACAGAUCGCUCCCAAACUGCCGCAGUGGAAUCCACCUAAAGUCCCUCUGUCGUGUGCAGCGGACACGAUCAGUUUUCUAAAUUUUCAGAUCGUGAGGCCCAGACAGGGUGUGACGCGAGUGAGCGAUCUAUCAUCUGAGGACAUCAAGAAGAUCGGCUACAUCUCCCUGAUCGAGCUGACCACAUUCUACGACUUCAUGGGCAUCGAGAUGAAGAGGAACCGCGUGGUGCGCAGUAAAGCACGAGACAGCGGCAUAUUCUGCGUUCCUCUCACUACGUUGCUGGAAAAUGACCAGAAGAAAUACCCCGGUUCCAGAGUUCCUCUGGUUUUUAAGAAGUUGUUGUCUAAACUGGAGCAGACGGGCUUACAGACGGAGGGGAUUCUCAGGGUUCCGGGAUCAGCGUCCAGAGUGAAGUAUCUGCGUCAGGAGCUGGAGCUGAAGUUCUACGAGGAUCGUUUCGACUGGGAUCAGGUGCGUCAGAACGACGCGGCGGGUUUAUUGAAGAUGUUCAUCCGCGAGCUGCCGUAUCCUCUGCUGACCCAACAGCACCUGCCGGCGUUCACGGCCGCUCAGAGUAUCUCAUCACCCAAACAUCAGAUUCAAGCUCUUCAUCUUCUCAUCAUGCUGCUUCCUGAAGCCAACAGAGACACACUGAAGUUCACGAAGAACCGCAUGAGUCUGUGGAACGUCUCCAUGAUCGUCGCGCCGAACCUCUUCACGUUUCGCGGAAAGAACGUCAAACAGGAGGAGAUGCAGGGCGCGGUCGCUGCGGCCCAGCUCGUACGUCUCCUCAUUACCCAUCAGGACCUGCUGUGGACGGUCCCAUGUUUUCUGAUCUCCCACGUCAGGAAAAUGAACGAAGCCGCCAUGGGCAAAAAAACGCCGACUUCAGAGAAGAGCAAGAGCAGACUACUGAAGAGAUGGAACACGGAGAAGGAGCGCGAGCGCAGUGAAGUGAGUGCAGAUGAGUGUGUAGUCAUGAGGGAGCUGCAUCAUAAAAAUGCGAGCGCUGCCUGGAUCCAGACGCACAUUUACUAG